UGUCGCUGCCCAGAUCGACAGUCAGUCUGGUCCAGGCUUGGUGAGCCUCUGCUGCAGGGGACAAGUGAGGGGGACCUCCGGGGAGUCUAGGGCUGCCAAAGGGAGCCCCCCCUGGCCUGCUCUGAGACACUUCUUUCCCAGGAUUGGAGACAGAGCAGGUGCAGAGGCACAGCAGCUGCCCUAUUGCCCAGCCUCCUGAACGAUGCCAGCCCAAUGUCCUUUAACCUCCAGUCUGACCUUCCUGGUACUGCUGGGCACAGCCAGCGCAGGCCCCUUCUCUCCACGGUCGAAUGUCACACUCCCAGCUCCACGGCCCCCUCCCCAACCAGGGGGAGGAAGCCCCUCUUCUCAACUUUAUGAGCAUACUGUGGAAGGAGGGGAAAAGCAAGUGGUGUUCACGCAUCGCAUUAAUCUGCCCCCCUCUGCUGGCUGUGGCUGUCCCCCAGGCACUGAGCCCCCUGUCCCUGCCUCAGAGGUGCAGGCCCUGAGAAUCCGGCUAGAGAUCUUGGAGGAGUUGGUGAAGGGGCUCAAGGAACAGUGCACUGGGGGAUGUUGUCCUGCUGCUGCCCAGGCUGGCACAGGCCAGACAGAUGUUCGUAGCCUUUGCAGCCUUCAUGGUGUGUUUGACCUGAGCCGUUGUGCCUGUUCCUGUGAGCCAGGGUGGGGUGGACCCACCUGCUCUGACCCCACAGAUUCUGGGAUGUCCCCCUCCUCCCCUCCUGCAGAAUCCGGGUCUUGUCCGGAUGACUGCAACGAUCAGGGUCGCUGCAUCCGAGGUCGCUGCGUGUGUUUCCCUGGCUAUACCGGCCCAAGUUGUGGUUGGCCUUCUUGCCCAGGGGAUUGCCAAGGCCGAGGGCGCUGUGUGCAAGGUGUGUGCGUCUGCAGGGCAGGCUUCUCAGGCCCCGACUGUGGCCAGCGCUCCUGCCCUCGGAGCUGCAGCCAGAGAGGACGCUGCGAGGACGGACGCUGUGUGUGCGACCCAGGUUACACUGGUGAGGACUGUGGUGUGAAAAGCUGCCCUCGCGGUUGCAGCCAGAGAGGACGUUGUGAGAAUGGGCGCUGUGUGUGCAAUCCUGGCUACUCUGGUGAGGACUGUGGGGUGAAAAGCUGCCCUCGAGGCUGCAGCCAGAGAGGGCGUUGUGAGGACGGACGCUGCGUCUGUGACCCUGGCUACACUGGAGAAGACUGCGGCGUGCGGAGCUGCYCUUGGGACUGUGGUGAGGGAGGGCGCUGCGUGGACGGCCRCUGUGUGUGCUGGCCCGGGUACGCAGGCGAGGACUGUAGCACCCGAACUUGUCCUCGCAACUGCCGGGGACGUGGGCGCUGUGAGGAUGGCGAAUGCAUCUGCGACGCAGGCUACAGCGGGGACGAUUGCGGCGUGCGUAGCUGCCCUGGCGACUGCAACCAAAGGGGCCGCUGUGAGGAUGGCCGCUGUGUGUGCUGGCCGGGUUAUACCGGGCCUGACUGUAGCGCCCGUGCCUGCCCGCGCGACUGUAGAGGCCGUGGGCGCUGUGAGAACGGUGUGUGUGUGUGCAACACGGGUUACAGCGGUGAGGAUUGCGGUGUGCGCAGCUGUCCUGGGGACUGUCGUGGUCGUGGCCGAUGCGAGAGUGGUCGUUGCGUGUGUUGGCCCGGAUACACGGGCCGGGACUGUGGCACGCGUGCCUGUCCUGGAGACUGUCGAGGRAGGGGGCGCUGCGUGGACGGCCGCUGUGUGUGCAACCCAGGCUUUACUGGCGAGGACUGUGGGAGCCGUCGGUGUCCUGGAGACUGCCGCGGACAUGGCCGAUGCGAGGAUGGCGUGUGUGUGUGCGAUGCGGGUUACUCAGGCGAGGACUGCAGUACACGCAAUUGCCCUGGGGGCUGUCGAGGGCGCGGCCAGUGCCUAGAUGGGCGCUGCGUGUGUGACGACGGCUACUCCGGCGAGGACUGCGGUGUAAGGCGGUGCCCACGAGACUGCAGCCAACACGGCGUGUGCCAGGACGGUGUAUGCACCUGCUGGGAGGGUUACGCAGGCGAGGACUGCAGCAUCCGCACCUGCCCCUCCAAUUGCCACGGACGUGGCCGCUGUGAGGAUGGACGCUGUGUGUGCGACCCAGGCUACACCGGCCCCGUCUGUGCCACCCGCACCUGCCCAGCUGACUGCCGGGGUCGUGGGCGCUGUGUUCAAGGAGUGUGCAUAUGCCACAUGGGCUAUGGCGGCGAGGAUUGUGGGCAGGAAGAGCCUCCCGCCAGCGCCUGCCCAGGGGGCUGCGGGCCCAGGGAACUGUGCCGCGCAGGUCAAUGUGUAUGCGUUGAGGGCUUCCGAGGCCCUGACUGUGCUAUCCAGAUAUGCCCUGGCGACUGUCAUGGCCGUGGAGAGUGUCGCCAGGGUAGCUGCUUCUGCCAAGAUGGCUAUGCCGGGGAGGACUGUGGGGAAGAGGUGCCAGCCAUUGAAAACAUGAGGAUGCACCUCCUGGAGGAGACAACAGUUCGGACAGAAUGGACCCGGGCUCCUGGCUCUGUGGAUGCCUAUGAAAUUCAAUUCAUCCCCACGACAGAGGGGGCGAGCCCCCCAUUCACAGCGCGGGUGCCCAGUUCUGCCUCAGCCUAUGACCAGAGAGGACUGGCCCCUGGUCAGGAGUACCAGGUCACUGUCCGUGCCCUUCGAGGGACCAGCUGGGGUCCUCCUGCUUCUAAGACCAUCACCACCAUGAUCGAUGGUCCCCAGGACCUCCGAGUAGUGGCUGUGACACCGACCACCCUGGAGCUCAGCUGGCUACGACCCCAGGCUGAGGUGGACCGAUUUGUGGUCUCCUAUGUCAGUGCUGGAAACCAGAGGGUACGGCUGGAAGUUCCACCCGAAGCGGAUGGGACACUGCUUACCGACCUGAUGCCAGGCGUGGAAUAUGUGGUGACUGUCACUGCAGAACGGGGUCGGGCAGUCAGCUACCCAGCUUCUGUCAGGGCCAACACAGCACCAGGCCACUACAGUUACCCGGAGGUGCACCCCCCAGCCCCGCCCCCCAAGCCCCGUCCCCGUCCUGCCCCUGCCUCGCGGCCUCUGCGGCCAGCUCCGCCCUCGGGGCCAGCAGAGGAGGGCGAGGAGGAGUCCCGCCCGGGGCCCAACCUGCCUCAGCCCUCGCGGCGGGCGUGGGGCAACCUGACCACCGAACUGGGCCGCUUCCGCGGCACGGUGCAGGACCUGGAGCGCCACCUGCGGGCUCACGGCUACCCACUUCGCGCCAACCAGACCUACACGUCCGUGGCGCGCCACAUCCAUGAAUACCUGCAGCGGCGUCGGGCGGCCGCCGCCCCMGCCGGCUCCCCGGCCCCCCAGCCCCGUCGCCCCCACCCUACCGCCAGCCCCGCUGCGGGCACCUGGAAGCGGGACUCCAACCAGGGCAUCUACGGCCUCUCCCCUGAAGGCGUCGACCGGUUGGCCGCGCCUCGCCACCCCAAGCCUGAGGUGCUGGGCAGUUCAGCUGACGGCGCGCUCCUGGUGUCACUUGAUGGGCUCCGCGGCCAGUUCGAGCGCGUGGUGCUGCGCUGGCGGCCCCAGCUGCCUGCAGAGGGCCCCAGCGGGGAGCUGACUGUGCCGGGCACCACGCGCACAGUCAGCCUACCCGACCUCAGGCCUGGCACCACCUACCACGUGGAGGUCCACGGGGUGCGGGCAGGGCAGACCUCCAAGUCCUACGCCUUCAUCACAACCACAGGGUCCUCACCCUCGGGCCUCUUGGGGGCUACUGAUGAGCCUCCUCCCUCAGGCCCCUCGACGACCCAAGGGGCUGAGGCCCCUCUCCUGCAGCAGCGCCCCCAGGAGCUGGGAGAGUUGAGGGUGCUGGGCAGAGACAAGACAGGGCGCCUCCGUGUGACCUGGACUGCCCAGCCCGACACCUUUGCCCACUUCCAGCUGCGCCUGCAGGUGCCCGAGGGCCCGGGGGCACAUGAAGAACUGCUGCCAGGGGACGUCCGCCAGGCUCUGAUGCCCCCGCCCCCUCCUGGAGCCCCCUACAAGCUGUUACUUCAUGGGAUCCCCCCUGGGGGCAAGCCCUCUGUUCCCAUCACCUACCAAGGCGUUAUGGACAGGGAUGGAGAGAAGCCUAGGAAGUCCUUGGGUCCACCACGCCUGGGUGAGCUGACAGUGACCGACGUGACCUCUGACUCCCUGCUCCUGCGUUGGACAGUCCCUGAGGGGGAAUUUGACUCCUUUGUGAUCCAGUACAAAGACAGAGAUGGGCCCCAGGUGAUGCCAGUGGAGGGGCCUCAGCGCUCAGCCCCCAUCACAUCCCUGGAACCUGGCCGAAAGUACAAAUUUGUCCUGUAUGGGCUCGUGAACAAGAAAAGGCAUGGUCCCUUAGUGGCCGAAGCCAAGAUCUUGCCUCAGAGUGAUCCCAGUCCAGAAACCCCACCCCGUCUGGGAAAGCUAUGGGUAACAGACCCUACUCCAGACUCACUGCACCUCUCCUGGACUGUCCCUGAGGGUCAGUUUGACUCCUUCAUAGUCCAGUAUAAGGACAAGGAUGGACGGCCCCAGGUGGUACCUGUGGAAGGACCUGAGCGAUCAGUCAUCAUCUCCCCCUUGGACUCUGAUCACAAGUACAGAUUCACUCUCUUUGGGAUUGCCGAUAAGAAGCGGUAUGGCCCCCUUAUGGCUGAUGGCACUACUGCCCCAGAGAGGCAAGAAGAGCCCCCUCGCCCUGAGUCCCUUGAGCAGCCCCUUCUGGGGGAAUUAACAGUGACUGGCGUGACCCCAGACUCCCUGCGCCUGUCUUGGACUGUGGCCCAGGGCCCCUUUGACUCCUUCGUGGUCCAGUACAAGGAUGUGCAGGGGCAGCCUCAGGCAGUACCUGUCAGGGGAGAUGAAAAUGAAGUCACAGUCCCUGGCCUGGAGUCCAACCGGAAGUAUAAGAUGAACCUCUACGGGCUUCAUGGCAGGCAUCGUGUGGGGCCCGUGUCUGUAGUGGCCAAGACGGCCCCACGGGAGGUUGUAGAUGAGAUCCCCAGUCCUACAAAACCCAGUAUGGAAGUCCUGGAAACACCUGAGCAGCCACGCCUUGGGGAGCUGACUGUGACAGACUCCACCCCUGACUCCCUGAGCCUCUCCUGGACAGUGCCUGAAGGACAGUUUGACCACUUUCUGGUCCAGUACAAGAAUGGGGAUGGACAGUCCAAGGUAGUGCGGGUGCCAGGGUAUGAAGACGAGGUCACCAUCUCAGGGCUGGAGCCAGAUCACAAGUACAAGAUGCACCUGUAUGGCUUCCACAGUGGCCAACGUGUGGGCCCCAUGUCUGCCACUGGGGUGACAACUGCAGUGGAAGAAACCCCCAGCUCUAUAGAGGUGGAGACCCCCAGCCCCACAGAACCCAGCACGGAGGCCCCAGAGCCCACCGAGGAGCCACUGCUGGGGGAGCUGAUGGUGACAGGAACCUCCCCUGACUCCCUGAGCCUCUCCUGGACUGUGCCCCAGGGCCAGUUUGACUCCUUCGCCAUCCAGUAUAAAGACAGGGAUGGGCAGCCCCAGGUGGUGCGUGUUGGAGGAGAGGAGAGAGAGGCCACUGUGGGGGACCUGGAGCCUGGACGCAAGUACAAGAUGCACCUGUAUGGGCUCCACCAGGGCCACCGUGUGGGCCCCAUGUCUACUCUGGGCGUGACUGAUCCCUUCCCAACCACCCAGGCCACUGAAACCCCUGACCGCCCCCUGGAGCCACGCCUGGGGGAGCUGACAGUGACAGAUGUGACCCCUGACUCCGUGGGCCUCUUGUGGACAGUUCCUGAAGGCAAAUUUGACUCCUUCAUGGUCCAGUAUAAGGACAGGCAUGGGCAACCCCAGGUGGUGCCAGUGACUGCAGACCAACGGGAGGUUACCAUCCCUGGCCUGGAGCCCUCCCGCAAGUACAAGUUCCUGCUUUUUGGGAUCCAGGAUGGGAAACGACGCAGCCCAGUCUCUGUGGAGGCAAAAACAGCUGCCCGAAGUGAUGCCAGCCCAGGGGCUCUACCUCGCCUUGGGGAGCUAUGGGUGACGGAUACCACCCCAGAGUCACUGCGCCUCUCCUGGACAGUCCCCGAGGGCCAUUUUGACUCUUUUGUGGUCCAGUACAAGAGCAAGGAUGGGCCCCAGGUGGUGCCCGUGGAGGGCCAUGAGCGCUCAGCCACCAUCACCUCCCUGGACCCCGGCCGCAAGUACAGAUUCCUUCUCUAUGGCCUCCUAGGCAAGAAGCGCCUUGGCCCCCUCACUGCUGAUGCCACCACAGUGAGCCCGAGUUCUGUGGACCAUACUGGAAUAAAACCCCAACUAGGGGAGGAACUGCAAGUGACUGGCGUGACCUCUGACUCUGUGGGCCUCUCAUGGACAGUCCCUGAGGGGCAAUUUGACUCCUUUGUGGUCCAGUACAAAGACAGGGAUGGGCAGCCCCAGGUGGUGCCUGUGGACGGCAGCCUCAGGGAGGUCAAUGUCUCAGGCCUGGACCCUGACCGCAGGUACAAGCUGCUGCUCUAUGGGCUGCACAACAGCAAGCGUGUGGGUCCCCUUUCUGCCAUUGCCAUGACUGCCCCUAGGGAAAAAAUUGAAGGUGAUAUCCCCACCCCAAGCCCUCCGACAGCUGAGCCCCACCUGGGGGAACUAAUGGUGGAGGAGGCCACCCCUCACAGCCUGCAUCUCUCCUGGAUGGUCACCAAUGGAGAAUUCGACUCCUUUGAGGUCCAGUAUGAAGAUAGAGAUGGUCAACUCCAAGUGGUCAGUACUGGGGGAGACCAGAGUGAUAUUACCCUCACUGGUCUGGAAUCAAAUCACAGAUAUCUGGUGACCCUAUAUGGCUUCCAUGAUGGUCAGCGUGUGGAUUCUACCCACAUAGAAGCCCUGACAGUGCCUCAGGAGGAAGAGAAUGAGCCAUCAGAAGUACCCACCAUGACCCCUGAGCCUCCACUCAGGCCACGCCUAGGGGAGCUGACUGUGACAGAUGCCACCCCUGACUCCCUGAGCCUCUCCUGGACAGUCCCUGAAGGACAGUUUGACCACUUCCUGGUCCAGUACAAGAAUGGGGAYGGGCAGCCCAAGGUGGUGCGUGUGCCAGGACAUGAGGACGAGGUCACCAUCUCAGGGCUGGAGCCAGACCACAAGUACAAGAUGCACCUGUAUGGCUUCCACAGUGGCCAGCGCACAGGCCCYGUCUCUGUCAUUGGGGUGACAACUGCAGUGAAGGAGACCCCCAGCCCCACAGAACCCAGCACGGAGGCCCCAGAGCCCACUGAAGAGCCACUCCUUGGGGAGCUGACAGUGACAGGCUCCUCCCCUGACUCCCUGAGCCUCUCCUGGACUGUGCCCCAGGGCYASUUUGACUCCUUCACCAUCCARUACAARGRCAGGGAUGGGCRGCCCCAGGUGGURCGUGUUGGAGGAGAGGAGAGAGAGGCCACUGUGGGGGAUCUGGAGCCUGGACGCAAGUACAAGAUGCACCUGUAUGGCCUCCAGCAGGGCCGCCGUGUGGGCCCUGUGUCUACUCUGGGAGUGACUGUUCUCGGCGGACACAACAUCUCCGUUGCCCCUGAAGAGGAGCCUUCUGAUGCCCCUCCUCUGAAGCCACGCUUGGAGGAGCUGACUGUGACAGAUGCCACUUCCGACACCCUGAGCCUCUCCUGGACAGUCCCUGAGGGACAAUUUGACCACUUCCUGCUCCAGUAUAAGAAUGGGGAUGGGCAGCCCAAGGCUGUGCGGGUGCCAGGGCACAAAGAUAGUAUAACCAUUUCAGGCCUAGAGCCAGACCAUAAAUACAAGAUGCACCUGUAUGGCUUCCACGGUAACCAGCGCACGGGCCCUGUCUCUGCUGUCGGUUCAACUGACCCAGAAAAGGAUGAAAUACUUACCGCAACUCUGACAGAACCACCAACCACAACCCCUGAGCCUUCUAUCAAGCCACGCCUAGGGCAGCUGACCGUGACAGAGGCCACCCCUGACUCCCUAAGCCUCUCCUGGACAAUCCCUGAAGGACAGUUUGACCACUUCCUGGUCCAGUACAAGAAUGGGGACGGGCAGCCCAAGGURGUGCGGGUGCCAGGACAUGAGGACGAGGUCACCAUCUCAGGGCUGGAGCCAGACCACAAGUACAAGAUGCACCUGUAUGGCUUCCACAGUGGCCAGCGCACAGGCCCYGUCUCUGUCAUUGGGGUGACAACUGCAGAGGAGGAGACCCCCAGCCCCACAGAGGUGGAGGAGACCCCCAGGCCCACAGAACCCAGCACGGAGGCCCCAGAGCCCACUGAGGAGCCACUCCUUGGGGAGCUGACAGUGACAGGCUCCUCCCCUGACUCCCUGAGCCUCUCCUGGACUGUGCCCCAGGGCCASUUUGACUCCUUCACCAUCCAGUACAARGRCAGGGAUGGGCGGCCCCAGGUGGUGCGUGUUGGAGGAGAGGAGAGAGAGGCCACUGUGGGGGAYCUGGAGCCUGGACGCAAGUACAAGAUGCACCUGUAUGGCCUCCAKCAGGGCCGCCGUGUGGGCCCCGUGUCUACUUUAGGAAUGACCGCCCCACAGAAGGUUGUGGAGGAGACUCCCAGCCCCACAGAACCCAGCACGGAGGCCCCAGAGCCCACUGAGGAGCCACUCCUGGGGGAGCUGACAGUGACAGGCUCCUCCCCUGACUCCCUGAGCCUCUCCUGGACUGUGCCCCAKGGCCASUUYGACUCCUUCACCAUCCAGUACAARGRCAGGGAUGGGCRGCCCCAGGUGGURCRWGUUGGAGGAGAGGAGAGAGARGCCACUGUKGRGGAYYUGGAGCCUGGACRCAAGUACAAGAUGCACCUGUAUGGCUUCCACAGUGGCCAGCGCACAGGCCCCGUCUCUGUCAUUGGGGUGACAACCCCCAGCCCCACAGAACCCAGCACAGAGGCCCCAGAGUCCACUGAGGAGCCACUCCUGGGGGAGCUGACAGUGACAGGCGCCUCCCCUGACUCCCUGAGCCUCUCCUGGACUGUGCCCCAUGGCCAGUUCGACUCCUUCACCAUCCAGUACAAGGGCAGGGAUGGGCAGCCCCAGGUGGUACGAGUUGGAGGAGAGGAGAGAGAGGCCACUGUGGGGGACCUGGCACCUGGACGCAAGUACAAGAUGAACCUAUAUGGACUCCACCAGGGCCACCGUGUAGGUCCCAUGUCCACCGUGGGUGUCACUGAGGAUGAAGCAAUGACCACGCAAGUAACACCCACCACAACCCCCGAGCCUCCUCUCAGGCCACGCCUAGGGCAGCUGACUGUGACAGAUGCUACCCCUGACUCCCUGAGCCUCUCCUGGACAGUCCCUGAAGGACAGUUUGACCACUUCCUGGUCCAGUACAAGAAUGGGGAYGGGCAGCCCAAGGURGUGCGGGUGCCAGGACAUGAGGACGAGGUCACCAUCUCAGGGCUGGAGCCAGACCACAAGUACAAGAUGCACCUGUAUGGCUUCCACAGUGGCCAGCGCACAGGCCCCGUCUCUGUCAUUGGGGUGACAACUGCAGAGGAGGAGACCCCCAGCCCCACAGAGGUGGAGGAGACCCCCAGGCCCACAGAACCCAGCACAGAGGCCCCAGAGUCCACUGAGGAGCCACUCCUGGGGGAGCUAACAGUGACAGGCACCUCCCCUGACUCCCUGAGCCUCUCCUGGACUGUGCCCCAGGGCCACUUUGACUCCUUCACCAUCCAGUACAAGGACAGGGAUGGGCAGCCCCAGGUGGUACGAGUUGGAGGAGAGGAGAGAGAGGCCACUGUGGGGGACCUGGAGCCUGGACGCAAGUACAAGAUGCACCUGUAUGGACUCCACCAGGGCCACCGCGUGGGUCCUGCAUCUGCAGUUGGGGUGACCUCCUCCCUCCCUACUCAGACUCCCGUGGAGCCCCACCUUGGGGACCUGGCUGUGGCAGCUGUGACCUUGGACACUGUGCACCUCUCAUGGACCGUGGCCCAGGGUCCCUUUGACUCCUUCCUGGUCCAGUACAAGGAUGCACAGGGGCAGCUCCAGGCAGUUCCCGUGAAUAGAGACCUCCGUGAGGUUACUAUCUCGGGUCUGGACCCCGCCCGCAAGUACAGGUUCUUGCUCUUUGGACUCCUGGAUGGGAAGCGCCAUGGCCCAGUCUCUGUGGAUGCCAAGACCCUCCCAGACAAGAAACCCUCUCCCCGCCUGGGAGAGCUGACAGUGACAGAUGUGACCCCUGACUCCAUGGGCCUCUCAUGGACAGUCCCUGAAGGCGAAUUUGACUCCUUUGUGAUCCAGUACAAGGACAGGGAUGGGCAGCCCCAGGUGGUUCCUGUGGCCGCAGACCAGCGUAAGGUUACCAUCCCCAGCCUGGAGCCAAAUAGGAAAUACAAGUUCCUACUGUAUGGCCUGGCAGGCAAGAAGCGGCUGGGCCCCCUCUCUGCUGAUGGCACCACAGCUCCCCUGGAGAAAACCCGGCAGCCCCCACCACGCCUAGGGGAACUAGCAGUGACUGAGGAGACCUCAGACUCCCUGCGCCUGUCCUGGACUGUGGCCCAGGGCCCCUUUGACUCCUUCCUAGUCCAGUAUAAGGACACCAACGGGCAGUCCCAGGCAGUGCCUGUGGCCGCAGACCAGCUUGAAGUCACCAUAGAGGGCCUGAAACCUGGCAGGAAAUACAAGUUUCUGCUCUAUGGACUAGUUGGAGGAAAGCGCCUGGGCCCAGUCUCCGUCCUGGGAAUGACAGCCCCAGAAGAGGACACACCAGCCCCAGAAGCCCCUGAGCCCUCUGAAGCACCGAAGCUGGGGGUGCUGGCUGUGACCGAGGCAACCCCAGACUCACUGCGCCUGUCGUGGAGUGUGGUCCAGGGCCCCUUUGACUCCUUUGUGGUCCAGUAUCUGGACACAGAUGGGCAGCCCCAGGCCCUGCUUGUGGAUGGUGAUCAGAACAAGGUCCUCAUCUCAGGCCUGGAGCCCAACACCUCUUACCAGUUCUCCCUCUAUGGUCUCCAUGAAGGGAUGCGUCGAGGGCCCAUCUCCACAGAGGGCACCACAGGGCCUCCUCCUGCUGGUCUGACCCCAGGAGACCCAGGGCCCCGCCUGUCUCACCUGUCAGUGACUGAUGUGACCACCAGUUCGCUACGGCUCAACUGGGAGGCCCCACUUGGAGCCUUUGAUUCCUUCCUACUCCGCUUUGGGGUUCCAUCACCAAGCACCCUGGAGCCACGUCCACGUCCUCUGCUGCAAAGGGAGCUGAUGGUGCCCGGGACAAGGCGCUCAGCGGUGCUCCGAGAUCUGCGCCCUGGGACCCUGUACAGCCUUACUCUCUAUGGGCUACGAGGGCCUCACAAGGCUGACAGCAUCCAAGGCACUGCCCGGACCCUCAGCCCAAUUCUGGAGAGUCCACGUGACCUCCAAUUCAGCGAAAUUGGGGAGACCUCAGCCAUGGUCAGCUGGGUGCCACCACCAUCCAGGGUGGACAGCUUCAAAGUUUCCUACCAGCUGGCAGAUGGAGGGGAGCCGCAGAGUGUGCAGGUGGAUGGCCGGGCCCAGACCCAGAAAAUUCAGGGGCUGAUCCCAGGUGCUCGCUACGAGGUGACAGUGGUCUCUGUCCGCGGCUUUGAGGAGAGUGAGCCUCUCACAGGCUUCCUCACCACUGUUCCUGAUGGCCCCACUGAGCUGCGUGCACUGAACUUGACUGAGGGAUCCACUCUGCUGCACUGGAAGCCCCCCCAGAACCCUGUGGACAAAUACAACGUCCAGGUUACAGCCCCAGGGGCCCCAUCUCUGCAGGACUCCGCCCCGGGCAGUGCUGUGGACUACCCCCUGCGUGACCUGGUACUCCACACCAACUAUACUGCCACUGUGCGCGGCCUCCGGGGACCCAACUUCACCUCCCCAGCCAACAUCACCUUCACCACAGGGUUGAAGGCUCCCCUGGACUUGGAAACCAAGGAAGUGACUCCCCGAACAGCGCUGCUCACUUGGACUGAGCCCCAAGUCCUACCCACAGGCUACCUGCUCAGCUUUGACACCCCUGGUGGACAGACUCAGGAGAUCCUGCUCCCCUCAGGAAUCACCUCACACCGGCUCCUUGGCCUCUUCCCUUCUACCUACUAUAAUGCACGGCUCCAGGCCGUGUGGGGCCAAAGCCUCACACCACCAGUAUCCACCUCCUUCACCACUGGUGGACUGCGGAUCCCCUUCCCCAGGGACUGUGGGGAGGAGAUGCAGAAUGGGCCCAGCACCUCGAGAACCACCACCAUCUUUCUCAAUGGCAAUCGCGAGCGGCCCCUGAAUGUGUUUUGUGACAUGGAGACCGAUGGGGGCGGCUGGCUGGUGUUCCAGCGCCGCAUGGAUGGACAGACAGACUUCUGGAGGGAUUGGGAGGAUUAUGCCCAUGGCUUUGGGAACAUCUCCAGGGAGUUUUGGCUGGGCAAUGAGGCCCUGCACAGCCUGACACAGGCUGGUGAUUACUCCAUGCGUGUGGACCUGCGGGCUGGGGAUGAGGCUGUGUUCGCCCAGUAUGACUCCUUCCGAGUAGGAUCAGCUGCUGAGAACUACCGCCUCCACCUGGAGGGCUACCAUGGCACCGCAGGGGACUCCAUGAGCUACCACAGUGGCAGUGUCUUUUCGGCCCGUGAUCGAGACCCCAACAACUUGCUCAUUUCCUGCGCUGUCUCCUACCGUGGGGCAUGGUGGUACAGGAACUGCCACUAUGCCAACCUCAAUGGGCUCUAUGGGAGCACAGUGGACCACCAGGGAGUGAGCUGGUACCACUGGAAGGGCUUCGAGUUCUCUGUACCCUUUACGGAAAUGAAGCUAAGACCAAGAAGCUAUCGGUCCCCUGUAGGGGGAGGCUGAGCUGCUGCCCACCUCUCUCACACCCCAGUAUGACUGCCGAGCACUGAGGGGUCACACCCAGAGAAGAGCCAGGGAUGCCUCCACCUCCCAGCCACCAGAGGAAGCCUUCUCUGCCUGUGACCUCACAGCAUCAUGUUUACAGGGGGGAGGGGGAGGGGUUUCUAUGGGAGCAAUAAAGGAGAAACUGAGG